AGAAGUGGCGGGUGGCGCGGGCUUUCCUCAACAGAUGGCGGGACGAGCACAGUGGUGACGUCUACAUGUAAACAAAAAUGACAGAGUUGAACCGCGAGCUGCAGGAAUAUUUAUCUAGAGCAGAUGGCAAGAGUGAGUCCAAGGAGCCUCUCUUGCCAACCUCCCUUCCCAAGAUCACCAGCAUCCCGAAGUUGUCGUCGUGGUUCUCCCGGAACGGCGCCGCGGGAGGAGAGAACCUGGUGGACGAGGAGGCUGGAGGGACUUCCCGUACCUCAUCUUCCUCCUGGUUCUCCUCAGCCCAGUCUGACCCAUGCUUCCCCAGUCUGGGACGGAAACAAAGAAUCUUGGGUUUCCUGGCAUGUGUUGUGAUGGGCUUAAUAUGUUUCUCACUUGCUGCAAUGUACUUCCCUGUACUCGUGUUUAAGGCACGGAAGUUCUCUCUUCUCUUCACGCUGGGCAGCCUCUUCUCAGUGCUAAGUUUUUCAUUCCUGUGGGGUCCUGUCAACCAUCUUAAGCACUUAUUUUCUUCUGAGAGGAUAGUAUUCACCACGGUAUACUUCGCCUCCCUCUUUGCCACUCUGUACUUCGCCCUCAGCUUGCAAUCCACCAUAUUCACCUCCAUUACUGCCAUCAUCCAAGUGGCAGCACUGCUUUGCUUUGUUCUCAGUAACAUUCCAGGUGGACAAACUGGACUCAAGUUCUUCUCAAGCAUAUGUUCCUCCAUGGUGAAGACAACAGUGUCCAAAGCUCUGCCAGUUUAGCGUUUAUGUGUGUUGAUACACUUUCAAGUUAGUUUUAUACCUUUUGUGCAAUUGAGUGUAAAUGUAUGAAAAGGUCAGAGUCAGUAUUGUUUUCUUGUAUGCUUUCUCACUCAGAUGAAUGUCACUUCAAGUCUUCUGAAUCUUUAUUAGGAAACAUAUCAUAAAUGUUAUUCUGUACUAAAAUAUUUAUUGUUGAUUCCCUUCAUGUAUUACUAAUGAAUAUAUGAACUGAAUGAAUGGCCAACUCUACAUUUUCAUAUAUAUAUUGUAAGCUACUUGUAUAUUGCAGUCUUUCUUUUUAUUCUUGAAUGGUCAGUGCUUUAACUAGGAUAAGGAUCAGAUCAGACUGAAAUGUUCAAUGGAAUUUUGGGAUCAUUAAGACAGAGAUCAGCACUGAGAUCCAUGAUUAUGCUGAUAAAAGAUACACAGAUUGGAUAUUUUGCUGAAUUACAUCUAUUUUGAGAAUACAUGUACUGUUUAGGAGUGCAUUCAGUCCUGGCAUUAUUAUGGAAAUGUAGGUAUAAUGAUUUUUUUUAUUUGAUUUUUUAUUAUUAUUUUUAGCUCUAGUACUGGGUCGUUCUGCUAAUAUAAGCAUGUGUAUGUUUAUGGGUUUGAUGGACACUGAAAAAGAUUACCAUUGCUAAACUGGGCUAAAAUAUGGGAACAUUCUGGCAUCAGCACUCAUGACACUGGAAUACUAAAUGAGGGUUUGCCCAUUCAGACCAUUUAAAGGCAAAAUUGAAAAGUGUUGCAAAUUGAAAAGUGUGACAAAAUAAACAGUGAUCCAAUUAAAAAGUGAUAUGGCUAUGUGAAACACUAAAUUUACAGAAUAAGUCUCCAAUGCCCACUUCUAAACAGUAUGUGAAUGUGUGCCAACUUCCCGAACUGCAAUAAAUUAACAUACUGUAGAUAUUUCAUAAUUAGAGCUAUGUGUUAUAUAGCAGUCUCUUGACACGUCAAACAUUUAGUAUUACUAAUCAUAUGUAUACCACUCCUUAAGUUGUGUAUUAAUUAUGUCUGUUAUUUUGCAGAGAACAAAUAAGGUAUUGUUUCAUAUCUUGUACAGUCUUGAAGUUAUGAUGCAUUCAGCAUUGCUAACGAAGGACUUAUCUACCCAGGAUUCUAAUCCUGGACAAAGUAGAUUUCACUCAGCUAUCCUUAUAGUGUUGGUAAAUGGGGACUUGGAACAUCCAUGAAUAGUUUUGUUGUCUGAUUAAAUUCUUUUACUCUGUUUUCUUUUUGUGGAUGCCACUCCACAUGUGUAGUAAAGGAGUGCUACUUUAAUUUGGAAAGAAUAUGUUAAUAUGAACAGUGUUGUAACUUUGUGUUGUAGGGCAGAGCACCAAAGCCUCAGAGAUCCAGCGGAGGCAGUUAAGUCACCUUACAAUGUUACAGAGUAGUCGGCACAAAUUGUAGUUGCGCUCAUUUGACAAAAGCACAAUAAUGAAUACUAUGAAAACUUUGACGUAAAUUUUUCUGUGACAACUGACUGGUCCCUUAAUGUAAUUUUUUGUGCACUUACUGUGCUGUAGUAUAACAAUAUGUGUCCCAUUCCUGCUUGCACAUGCACCUCACUGCUUUAUGGUUAUACAGCAUCUAGUUGUGUGAAAAAUCGUUGUACACUAUAAUAGGUGUGUAUGUAUGUAUGUUUUAAUUUGGGUAUGAAAGUCAUGGUAAUUGACCAUUCUGUUAUGUAUAAUCAACAAAUCCAUUAUAUUUAUAUAAAGAUAUACUAUUACAUAUUAAAUAUGUGUACACUGUUUAGUAUACCAGAAAUAUGACUUACAAGGACUGGCAUUGCAUUAGUAACCCAAUCUGCAGUUUAGCUGUCAUGAGUAAUGGAAGAAGUACAAAUGAAAAAUUUUGGAUUAUUUCAAACAUAGGUUCAGUAAACAAUGGUUGGACAGAUAAUAUGUAAGCUUUCAAAUGAGUAAAAAUGUAUUGCUGAUUCAAAGGUGGGAUUGAGACUGGUGAUAAAGCAACUUGGAAAUGUGUGAAAAGAAACUGAGAUUGAAUGUGAUGAGUGAAUAAAGAAGUAUAUGAAGUAAGUGUAUUGCAGGAGAAUGAAUGUAAUUUUCAAUGGUAAGUUGUUUGAGGAGGUAGACUUUCCGGCACCUAGGGUCAUUUACUGUUGUGGAAGUGUUAUGUAUGGAGGUUAAGUUUUGAAUGAGUGAAGCAAGGUUUGGGAAGGAAUUGACAGUAUUCAGUUAUAGGUCAUUUGGAGUGAAUGCAAAGAGUAAACUGUGUGAUGAUGUAGUGGUACCAAUGAUACUUUGGAGCAAGAUAGAAAAGGCUUUUGAAUUUAAUGGGGAUUUAGAUGUGUGAAGAAAUGUAUGUACUGAUACAUAUGGGUAGAGUGAGAAUUGAUGACAAAAAGUAUUUAAAGAUGACUUGAUCAAAUUUUAAAAUGUGUAAGGCUGAGGGGAAGACUUCAAAUGGGACGGAUGGAGUGAAGAGUGAUGCGGUGUGUUGAGGAGAAGAAAGGUUACACAUGAUGAGGCUGAAUGGAAAGUGGUUAGAGGUGCACAAAUGUGACACCCUCUAGAACCACAAGAAGUUCACUUACACCUGCUCCAGUUAUCUGGUCUUAUUAGAUAUAAGAAAGAUGCAGCAGGACUAAACAGUUCUGCUUUCAGGCCCUGAUGUGGAAGGACCUGGGUAUGCUUGUGCCCUUGACCAACAUGUAAGAGUGAACAAUGAAGGUUUCUUCUCUCCAUCAAUACAGGUCCAACAGUUAAGGAUGACCCAAUUUAGUUGUAGGGAAUGUGUGCGUGUGUGUGUGUGUGUGUGUGUACUUUGGUAGUGACAGAUUUAUGGAUUUAUUAUAUCUGUAAAAUGCAUUAUAUUGAGAUGGACUAUUUACAUCUUUACUAUAACUCGCUGUUUAUUAUUUCUAAUAUCAAACAUCCAACAUAUUUGAUAUCAAUGAAGGUGUGAUUUAACCUUUUGCAGAUCUGAUAUAUGCUUCAGUGUUUGUAAAGAUAAAACCUUUAAGAAGCAGUAUAUGGUGAUUCAUUACGAAUAAGGGGGUAGGAAUGUAUCUAUACAUUGUGUAUAUAAUUAGCAUUCACAUGUUAUUUAUUACUUGUUUAUACCAAUCAAUGAGAUAAAGAAAAUUAACAUAA